AUCCCUCCUCUUUUCAUAAUCCAGACCCGGCCAUGACGACCAGGUUCUUAGCGAUCGUCUUCGGCCUGGCCGUGCUGCUGCUCCGCGCCUCCGGUGAGCAAUGCGGGCGGCAGGCCGGUGGAGCUGCGUGCCCCGCCGGGCUCUGCUGCAGCAAAUUUGGCUGGUGCGGCGACACGCAGGAGUACUGCGGCCCCGAUAAUUGCCAGAGCCAAUGCCCCAGUACCCCUAGCGGCGGCAUCAUCAGCGCCUCCCUGUUCGACCAGAUGCUGAAGCAUCGCAACGACGCUGCCUGCCCAGGCAGAGGGUUCUACACCUACGACGCCUUCGUGACCGCCGCCAACUCCUUCCCCGGAUUCGGAACGACCGGCGACGCCGCCACCCGGAACCGGGAGGUCGCUGCCUUCCUGGCUCAGACUUCUCACGAGACAACUGGUGGCUGGCCUAGCGCACCGGACGGCCCUUAUGCAUGGGGCUACUGCUUCGUCCGAGAACGAGACCCUCCUUCCGACUACUGCUCCGCCGACGCGCAAUGGCCGUGCGCCGCCGGACAGAGUUACUACGGCCGCGGCCCGAUUCAACUCUCCCACAAUUACAAUUACGGCCCAGCUGGGAGAGCCAUCGGUUCGAACCUCCUGAGUAACCCGGACUUGGUCGCCACGGACCGAGUUAUCUCCUUCAAAACGGCCAUUUGGUUCUGGAUGACCGCGCAGGGGAACAAACCCUCGUCCCACGACGUGAUCACCGGACGAUGGACGCCCUCCGAUGCCGAUCGAGCGGCUGGAAGACUUCCAGGGUACGGCGUCAUCACCAACAUCAUCAACGGAGGGAUCGAGUGCGGACAAGGUCCGAACGAUCAGGUCGCAAACCGGAUUGGAUUCUACAAGAGAUACUGUGACUUGCUGGGGUUGAACUAUGGCAAUAAUUUGGACUGCUACAACCAAAGGCCGUUUAACGCUUAGUUUAAUACGAAAUGAUGAUAUAUCGUAAUGAAUAAAUCGGUUGCUUCGAUAUAUAUGAUGUAAUGGCACUAGCUAGCGCUAAUGUUACAAUAAAGAUUAAUAAAGUUAACGGAGAAGUUUGGAAA